AUGGAUGGUGAACAGAUCGCUGAUGGUGCCAGUUAUGAAGAUAUUCAAGACAGUCUCCAUUCAGAAUGGUGUAAGGCAUGUGCAAAUGCAUAUCAACCUCGAGAGGAACUUGAGUUAGUGGAGGAGGAGAUGCGACGUUCAAUUGACUAUUGUUACCAUCUAUCUGACUGGUGGCAAAGACAAAUUGGGCAUCGGGAGGGCUUAUCUUUGUUCUUGCAGGAGGGUUUGACCGCCUAUGCUAAGGAGCAUGCUCAUGUUGAGCGCAGUCAUGGUUGUCACUGGGCGCAAUCAUGGCACCCAAUAUGUGAUUGGGCUAAGACCAUUCUCAGCUACCUCUCAGAUGCUCGACGUGACUCAGUGGCCCGUAUGGCUCCAUUAGAGGUGGAGGUUGAAAUGGACAAGCAGGUAGAGGAUUUGGAUAAUGAAGACUGA